GACCAUCUCCAGCAGCAUCACAGCAGACCAAGGCUAUAUUUAACCUUUCUGAGGAGGGUGCCAGUGGCUGGAGUGCAACCCAAGAGCUCAGUGAGUGCAGUCCUGGCUGCAUGAACUUCACAAUAUUCAGCCCAGCCAAUGCUGUCAUUGGACAAUACAAACUCAAACUCCAGAUUGUUUCUGGCAACAAGUUCUCUUCAACACUCCUGGGUCAGUUUGUGCUACUCUUCAAUCCCUGGUGUCCAAAUGACGAUGUCUAUAUGGCUAAUGAAAAGGAGCGACGGGAAUAUGUCCUGAAUGAUAGUGAGAUCAUAUUUCAGGGACUGGAAAAAUACGUUCAACAAGAAGCUUGGAACUAUGGACAGUUUGAAGAGGAUAUCCUUGAUAUCUCUCUGACUAUACUGGAUCAAAGCCUGAACCACUGCCAAGACCCAGCUGUUGAUGUAUCCAUCCAGAACAGUCCUAGCUAUGUAAGCAGGGUUAUCAGUGCUAUGGUUUACAGGACUUUCAUGGUAUUCUAUAUUGCAGUUCUGAGAUCCUUGGGAAUACCUACUCGUGUUAUUACAAGCUUCAACUCUGCCCAUGACAGGAAUAUAAAUCUGCGUAUUGGUAAGUACAUUGACAUUUCCGGAAAGACCCUGCACUUGACUGAAGACAGUGUGUGGAAUUUCCAUGUCUGGAAUGAAAGCUGACUCAUUAGAAGAGAUCUUGGCUCUUUUUAUGACGGAUGGCAGAUUCUGGAUGCAACACGCGGUGAAAGAAGCAAAGGGACCUUUAGAUGUGGUACUGCCUCCACCAGAGCCAUUAAGGAAGGGGAUGUGAACUUGGAUUAUGACAGCUCAUUUGUGUUUGCAGCAGUGAAUGCUGACUAUGUUACUUGGAUUCACUACAGCAACAAAAGAAAAGAGAGAAUUUAUUCUGAUCCUAGGAAGACUGGAAAAUUUAUCAGCACCAAAGCAGUGGGCAACAAAUCCCGUGUGGACAUCACUGCUAAUUACAAAUAUCCAGAAGGAUCCCUGAAAGAAAGGUAGGUGUAUAAAAAAGCACUGAAGCUGCUUGGUGUGAGAAGCACUGGAAAAAGAACCAAAAUUACAAGACCUAGAAGACGAUCUUCAGAUAUCCCCCUUACCUUGGCACUCAGGAACUUGACCUCAGAUUUCAAGACCACAAAGGUUAAAUCGAGGGGUUCAGCCAUUCUCUACACAAGAAAACCAAAGGCAGAGAUUUUGCAGUUGUCUAGGUCUAUUAAACUUGGACCUGAAGAAGUGAAAGAGAUUUCAUUCAAGAUCUCCUAUUCCCAGUACAAAAACUCUCUGAUGGAUGACAGGAAGAUCCUAGUGUCUGUUGUCUGUGAAACUAAACGGGGAGCCUCGCUUCUAGUGGAGAAGGAUAUUGUACUUCAGGAUCCUUUUCUCACCAUCAAGGUCCUUGGUCCAACAGUGGUACACAAGGCUGUUAAUGUGCAGGUCACACUUACCAACCCACUGUCUGAAGCGGUGAACGACUGUGUGCUGAGAACAGAAGGCAGUGGCCUGCUCAAAGAGCAACUCAGAAUCAAUGUGGCAAGAAUGGCUCCCAUGGAGAGCUCAACAGUCCAGUUUGAAAUCAUUCCCUACAAGAGUGGCACCAGGCAGCUUCAGGUGGACUUGGUUUGCAUCCUUUUUUCAGACAUUAAGGGAUUUGUGAUGCUUUAUGUGGCUCCUGCUCAGUGA